AUGACUGACCAGUUUACAAAGUGGCUAGAAUGCUAUGCCAUUCCUAUCCAAGGAGCAGAACAAGUAGCUCUGUCACUAGUUGAAGGAUUUAUUGCACGAAUGGGAUGCCCUCUUCAGAUCCACUCGGACCAAGGAAGGAACUUCAUCAGUGACUUAUUCCAACGACUCUGUAAAAUUCUAGAGAUCACAAAAACACGCACAACUCCAUACAGACCAUGUGCAAAUGGCCAAGUAGAGCGGUACAAUAGAACUAUGUUGCAGUCAAUCCGUUGCUAUCUAAAGAAUGUGCGUUUCCAUCGACAUUGGGAUCGACAUUUGCAGCUCAUUGCUGGUGCUAUAAGGGCCACAGUAAACAGACAAACUGGAUUUACAGGCCCGUAG